UUUAUACUCUCAGUUCUACCGCCUUGCAAGAGUGAAGAUCUCAUUGAAGGGAGAUCGAGGGUGAUGGAUUAAAGUAAAACAUUAAGAGGAUGAAUCUGUAACUGGUAGCUUUGGAUUGUUAGGAAGAAGAUGAAACAAUGCCAUCGAAACCAUAUGUUGUCUUUCGAUCUCAAAUGUCGGAGAUGAAUGUCGGGUUCAACCCUAAAAUCAAAACGUCGCGUUUCAAGACACUUGAUGUUGCUCUUUACCGGGCUGGUUCUAUUAAGCAAAACAUAAAGCCCGUUUACACACAGAAGCUCACAUGUAUUUCACACAAAAUAAAUGAUAAUGGCUUCACAGGACACAUGUCAUCUUCUAGAGAAGCGACUUUCCUACGUGAAAUCACAUGUGGCUCGAUGAGGAAUGAAAGAAUGUCUUUUUAUUAUAAUAUAGAUAGACUUUGAUUUCCAUCCAGAUAAAUUUAGUAAACAAAUUACGAAAAUUCCAUUGUUUUGAUUUGAUCAUAUAUUAUUUUUAUUAAUUAUCUAAAAUAUAAUUAAUUUUAAAUAUGAUUUUAGCAGAAAAUAUAACUUGCGAUUUUAGCGGAAAAAUACAUUUUUAUGAGUUUUGUGGAAAAAGCGUUUUUGGCAGGAAAAUGCGUUUUUUGCGGGAAAAUGCGUUUUUGCGGGAAAAUACAUUUUUUUGAUUUUAGUAGAAAAAGUGUUUUUGCGGUUUUGGCAAAAAAAAAUGCUAUUAUGCGGUUUUGGCGGAGAAAUGCGUUUUUGCAUUUUUGGCCGGAAAAUAAUUUUUUUUGUGAUUUUGGCAGGAACAUGCAUUUUGCGGUUUUAGCAGGAAGGUGCAGUUUUUCGGUUUUGGCGGGAAUUUUGUUUUUGCGGGAAAAUGCGUUUUCGUGUUUUCGCAAGAAAAUGUGUUUUUUUUUGGUGGGAAAAUGGGUUUAGGCGGGAAAAUGCGUUUUCCGGGAAAAUGCGUUUUUUGUUUGCGUUUUUAGCAGGAAUGUGCGUUAUACGAAUUUGACGGGAAAGUGAAUUUUUGCUGUUUUGACAGAAAGUGGUGGGGAAAUGUGUUUGGAAGGAAAGUGUGUGUUUUUCGGUUUUUGCGGAAAUGCAUUUUUGUUGGUCUAGCAGAAAAUAUGUUUUUCCGAUUUUGGCGGAAAAAUGCGUUUUGUUGUUUUGACGACAAAUGUGUUUUGAGAUUUUGGUUGGAAAAUGUGGUUUUGUUAUUUUUUCGUGAAUGACAAAAUGAUAUUAGGUUUUAAAUUUGUAAUUUAUGAAUUAUACAUGGGGUAUAAUAGAUAUCAUACCAUUUUGACAAAACCAUCUCCAUCCAGAUGGUCCAAAUUGGUUCAGUUGGAUUGACUUUAAAAUAGAUCUGCUCGUUUAUUUCAUAGGUUUUUGGUUUUGUUUGUUAUUGGAUAUCGAUCUGCUUAUCCAUGCCAUCUCAAGUCUAAAUAAUAUAAUAGUUUUUUUAUGUCAAAAAAUAAUUAGCUUGAAAAAUCUGUAAGUGAAUAUUAUUGUUUUUUUAACGUUGGAUAAUUAUGCUAUUAUAAAUUAUGAAAAAUAUUAUAGAAGAUUUUACUGCCGACAAUUCUACUUACCUUAUAAGGAUUUACGUCUAACUUCAUCAUCUGAGCCGCCUUAAAAUAUUAAUGAAGUCGUUAAUCUAACCACUUAAAAGGGCUUCCACAAAUAUUAUAUUAUUUCUUUAAUGAAAAGAUUUAGUCAACUAAUAUUUUAAAAUGUAUAGUUUUCUAGAAAGGAAGUGUAUAUUUGUAAAGUUUGAAAACAUAUUGUCUCAAAUUAGUGACCAUAUCCUUUUUUUUAAAUAAUGAUUAAAUUCAAUCUUAUUCAAAUUUUAUACCAAUUUCAUUGAUUUUUUUUGUUUGUUAAAUUAUCGUCAAAAAAGGAAGUGUAUUUGUAAAGUUUGAAAACAUACUGUCUCAAAUAAGUGACCAUAUUGUUUUUAAAAAAAUGAUUAAAUUCAAUCUUAUUCAAAUUGUAUACCAAACAUAUUGUCAAAUUUUAUACCAAUUUUAGUUUUCCUUCUGUGUCAAAAAAAUUAUCAAGAAAAAAUUUCUAUCCAAUUUUGAUGAGGAACGAGUUGACCAAAAGUUCAUACCUUUUAUUCAUUUUGUUUAAAAAGAAAUACAGAUAUUAGUUAUUUUUAACGGUAUUAUUGUUUUUAAAAUUUAUUAAUCUAUGUUAUUUUAAUAAUCAACCACGACCAAACCUAUGUCAAAGAUAUUAUAAAUAUAAAAAGAACUAAAAGUAUUUUUAUUAUAUAUUUAUUUCAUCAAAUCAUCAUAAAAACAAAAAUACUGUAAUCUUUGAUCAUGAUCAUAAUAUUUUUAUGAUAUAACUAACUUUAGUCUUAAAAAUAAUCCAAGGAUUAAAAUGUAGAUUAUGAUUAUCAAUUAGUUUAAACUUGGCUAAGUGAAUACCCCUUCAAUUUAUUUUCGGAUUGAUUCAAAAAAAUAUAUAAUAAAUUACAAAUGUUUAAAAAAAAAUAUAUUUAACAAAACUAAGAUAAUAAACUGAACUCAAUGCAAUUAAGAAAAAUGAUUAUCAAUUUAUCUAUUUAAAAUCAAAAUAACUGUAGCUCAAAUCAGAAGGAAAACUGUAAUCCAAAAUAUAUUAGAAAGUAAAUAAGUGAACUAAUAUAUAUAUAUAUAUAUAAAUUUAUGUAUAGCUAAGAAACAACAUAUUAUUAUUUACUUUUUAAUAUAUUGGAUUACAGUUUUCCUUCUGAUUUGAGCUACACUUGUUUUGAUUUUUAAAUAGAUAAAUUGAUAUUCAUUUUUCUUAAUUGGAUUGAGUUCAGUUUAUUAUCUUAGUUUUGUUAAAUAUAUUUACUUAUUAUAAAUAUGUACACUAACAAAGUUGCAUUUCAUCUCAAAACCAAAAUUAUUAUUUGAUCACCAUGUCUCCUGCAAUUAGAAUGAUGAGCAUGGCACUCUUUAUUCAAAUCUUUACAUUUUUUCUCUUUACCGCCACAGUCUCAUCAUUUCCUCCCGGUGGCUUCACAGUUGAUUUAUUCCAGCGUCGCUCUAAUUCAUCUUCUUCUCGAAUCUCUAAUACCCAGCCCGGAUCAUCUCCUUACGCCGAUACCUUCUCUGAUUCCUCCGAGUAUUUUAUGAAAUUACAAAUCGGUACUCCUCCUGUCCAGAUCGAAGCUAUCUUAGACACAGGAAGCAGCCGCAUCUGGACAAAUUGUUUGCCUUGUGGUAACUGCUUUAAACAAAGUGGUCCAGUAUUCGACCCUUCAAAAUCCUCGACCUACAAAGACAAAAUAUGCGAUGGCAGUCCUUGUUCGUAUGAGACAAUCUACGAAGACCAAAGCUAUACAAAAGGAACAAUUGCAACCGAGACUGUCAGGAUCCAAUCAACUUCAGGUCAACCUUAUGUAAUGCCUGAAACCACCAUUGGAUGUUCCCACAACUCCUCAGUAGUGUUUAGAACAGCCGCUUCGGGCAUUGUUGGUCUAAACUGGGGAUCUUCAUCACUUGUCUCUCAGAUGGGUGAAGACAUGCUAGGUCUCAUGUCUUACUGCUUUUCUGGUGAGGGAACUAGUAAGCUCAACUUUGGAAGUAAUGCUAUUGUGUCAGGAGACGGGACUGUAGCAGCCAAUAUGUUUAGAAAGAAGGCGAAUCCCAAUAUGUAUUACCUAAACCUAGACGCUGUCAGCGUUGGGGAGACUCGCAUUGAGACAUUGGGGACACCGUUUCAGGCCUUAGACGGGAACAUGAUCAUUGACUCUGGAACAACUUACACCUACUUGCCCGAGAGCUACUGCGACAAAGUGAGGACGGCAGUGGAAAAAGUUGUGAAAGCGGAUCAAGGAGCUUCCACGGACAAUAUGCUUUGCUACAAAACGAAUAACAUGGAUAUCUUUCCAGUGAUCACAAUGCAUUUCCAAGGUGGUGCGGACCUUGUUUUGGAUAAAUACAAUACGUAUAUGAUGUAUGGAGAAGUCACUUGUCUGAUGAUUUUAUGUGAUCCGGGAACACCAAUUUUGGGUAACAGAGCACAAAACAAUUUUUUGGUUGGGUAUGAUCCUUCUUCACUAUUGGUUUCUUUUAAACCCACCAAUUGUUCUGCAUUGUGGAGUUAGACAAGACAAACCAAGACUAGAGAGUCAUUUUCAUUAAUAAGACCACAGAGAA